GAAAUGCACUAAACAUAUCACACCGUGUCCAUUUUCUUCGACGGCUUGUCGUUUUCUACAUUUUUUAACGUCAAAGUAAACCUUUAGAUUUCGCUUUUUAUAGAGAAAACACUGAGUUUUCAAGAUGGGGGGAGGAGAUCUGAACCUGAAGAAGAGCUGGCACCCCCAGACUAUGAAAAACAUCGAGCGGGUCUGGAAAGCCGAGCAGAAAUAUGAAGCAGAACGAAAGAAAAUUGAGGAGCUGCAGAAGGAGCUGAAAGAGGAGCGAGCUCGAGAGGAGAUAACCAGAUUCGCAGAGGAAGCGGGCGCUAUUAAGAAAAAGGACGACAGACUGGACUGGAUGUACCAGGGUCCAGCCGGACAAAUCUCCAGAGACGAGUACCUGAUGGGGCGCCCCAUCGAUAAGCAGAUCACAGAUCAGUACGCAGAGCCCGAGAGCGGACCAUCAGCGGAGACGGGGCUCCUGCCCGGAUCCAUCUUCAGCUCCAACACCCCCGCCUCCAACCUGGACCUGGCUGCCAAGAUCAGGGAGGAUCCUCUGUUUGAGAUCCGAAAACGUGAGCAGGACAAGAAGAGGGAAGUUCUGACCAAUCCUGUGAAGAUGAAGAAAAUCAAAGAAAUGCUGCGACUAAACCUUGAGGAGGAGAAGAAGAAGAAGAAGAGGAAGAAGGAGAAGAAAGAGAAGAAAGGAGACCGGGAGAGAAGGAAAGAAAAGAAGCACAGGAGGAGGAGUUCAAGCUCCAGCUCGGAAGAUGAGGGCAACAGAAUCAAGUCAAAGGAGUCCAAACCCGGAAGCCGAGCUCCCCAUCUGCCCGGAUACGGCCUGCAGCUCCCUGGCGGCAGACCUCAACAGACGUCAGUUCACUCGGAGCGCCGCAAUCGAAGCCGAUCCAGAUCUCCUCAGAGGAGGGACGGCCUCUCGCUCGGGCCGUCGUCGCACAGGAGUGACAGGAAGGUGGCGAGCCCGCAGAGAGAGCGCUUCCGCCGCCACGGCGUCCCCGUGUCAAAGAAACUGUCUGCGGAGGAGCUGGAGAAGAAGAGGCUUGCCAUGAUGGAGGAGGCCAAGCAACGUGAGGAGGACCGCGAGAACAACGUGAGGAGGUACAAGAAGCAGGAGGAGCAGGAGAAGCAACGCGAGCAGAAGCACGAGCGCCACGCCGGCUUCAUCCAUAACAUGAAGCUGGAGAGCGCCGCCAGCUCGUCUCUGGAGGACCGAGUGAAGCGGAACAUUCACUCCAUCCAGAGGACACCCGCCGCUCUGGACAACUUCAUGAAGAGAUGAGGCUUUUAUUUUGAAAAGCUGUCUGUAAAAUGCAUCUUCUUUGAGUCCUUGUUAUCCCUGUGUACAGUUAAAGUGUAUUCCUUUUGUUAUAAAAGUCCUUUCAAAGUAAAAGGUGUUUUAAAAACUG